AUGACGGCUACUGUCUACCACGAGAAGGGCCACAUCGAAGUCGGCCGCACCCGCGACAAGAAGGUCCCCCUCAAGCUUUACUACGAAAAGAUUGGAAACGGCCCUAAAAAGCUCCUCCUCCUCAUGGGUCUCAACUCACCCGGAAGCGCAUGGGACACUGUCGUGACCCACUUUGCCAAGAACCCCGAGUACACCACCGUCUUCUUUGACAAUCGAGGAGUCGGUUUCUCCGAUGCUCCCAAGGGCCUCUACUCAACCUCACAGAUGGCGCAGGACACACUGGAGCUUCUGGAUGGUCUUGGAUGGACCAGCAACGUGCAUUUGGCAGGAGUCUCGAUGGGCGGCAUGAUCUCCUUGGAACUGGUUCUCGCCGACCCUAAGCGGUUCUCAUCGUUACUACUGACCUCGACCAACGCUGGACGAUCCCCUCCUCAAUUGGUGACGAUUUCGUUCUUGUCGCGUGUUAUCCUUAUCAAGGACCCUCGGCUCCGCAUGAAGCUCGUUUCAGAGACUCUUUAUCCCAAGUCGUGGCUGGAGGCAGCUUCUCCUAAGGGAUCGCCCUUCAAGAACAACCAGGAGGUUGUUGUCGACUCGUUGACAAGGAGGUUCGCAGAGUCACCAGCGCAACCAAUCCACUCCAACAUCGCCCAAUCCUGGGCCGCACUCUUCCACCACGUCAACUCCACACGUCUCGCCCAAAUCCGUGCCUCCGGUUUACCCAUCUUGGUCGUCACAGGAACUCGGGACAACUUUGUUCGUCCCUCGGGAUCAUACCAUUUGGCAAAGGAGCUUGGAUGCCCUCUUGUUGUGUUUGAGGGCUCGGGACACGCUUUGCCGGGUGAGCAGACAGAGACUUAUUGUCGGUUCAUUGAGGAGUUGAACACCAAGGGCAAGGAUGGUAUCUUUGAGCUUGUUGCCAAGAGCGAGGUGUAG